UCAACCGAUUCAUUCAGGAAGUGUUGCUUAGAGACGCAAAACAAUUCUGUGCACUUUGUUUGGAACUAUUUUCGUUGGCGAAAUAGAGCGAAACAAGCGAUUUGGUGACUAAAAUGUAAGUCACAAUAUAAACUGCUUGUUUAAUAAACUGUAUGUUGUAUUAAAUCAAUAUCACAUUUGUAAUCAUGCUUAUAUUUAGAUAAAAAUGGCGCUCUUCGUGUAAUAUCAAGAAUUACGAUAUCAUAGACGAUAUGUAACGCACACCCUACAGCACUGGCCCGAUCGUGCAAGUGACAGUUCCGUCAACUGCCCCGAGCGUCGUUCACACUGGCCCAGGUCCAUCGGGCAGUCCUUAUUGUCGAGCCCUGUAAUUUGUGAAUUAAUCUGUAGUUUAUAUUGCCCAAAACACUGAUUUGAUAUUUAUAUUAGCUUUUUCUUUUUGCAUGAUUUGUUUUGUAUUUCUUUAAAAAUUGUUGCCAAAGCACUCAAAAAAGACAACAAUGGUGGAAAUGUAAGUAGAUUUUUAUUUCUUACUGUUAAAAAGACUAAGGUAUGUGACUAGAAAGAAAGAAAGAAAGAAAGAACCGCUCUCGGAUGCCCCCCGAGGCGCGUGAAAUCUCUCCAUUCACACGCGAGCUCAUGGAUGAGAGAAAUGCGUGAUCUCAUCAUAUAUUCAUUAGAUUCUCUCGAGACCACAGAAUAGGGGUGAUACUUACAGAACGCCCACCUAUACCUCAUUUUUGUCUUGGAGCACGGAGACGCGAGAGGUUCGCAGGAUAAGGAUGAACUCAUUGUCAGUAUCGGUGUUAAAACAGCUGGUUUUGUUCUCAGCUCUGGAUGCAAUAGAUAAUUGCUGCGCUCGCGCGGACCGCACACUGACUGCUGUGAGGAACUGCAAUGUUUCUUUCCCGAAGAGCUGUUAUUAUCAAUUCUGACCUGUGAUUUAGGAUGCCGAGGUUCCAGUUUUUAAACAGUACUAGUAUGCCAAAUCAUAAUUAUGAAUGGAGCUACGAAUACUACGACGACGAAGAGCCCGUGUCUUUUGAAGGACUCAAAGCACAUCGAUAUUCCAUUGUGAUCGGCUUCUGGGUGGGUCUUGCAGUUUUUGUCAUAUUUAUGUUUUUUGUUCUGACUCUUCUGACCAAAACAGGAGCUCCACACCCAGAGGCCGCGGAGCCUUACGAAAAACGGAUGCGUCUUACCAGCUGCGCCGAGGGUCUGGGACGCCAACGUGAGGCGGACACCCGAACGGGUCUCUCCCGCCCACUGCUGGAGGAGUCCCGGUCUCUUUUUCACUGUUAUAUUAAUGAAGAAGAGCGAGAUGGAGGCCGGGCAACGAGCAACGCUGGCGGUGCCGCCCACGGACGUAUGGGCAGCGGCGACUCAAGAGGGCAGGUGGAAGCGGUCGGCCUUGUCGUCCAAAGCAUGGGUAUGGAGACCAGGGAGGAACGAGAGGCAGCGCUCCUGGCGCAUUUCAAUAUUCCCAACUUUGUGAACUCAGAACUGAGCUCCGCUCUUGGAGACGAAGAUUUACUACUGGGCGAUCCACCGAUCAUAAUGGAGGAGGCCCGUCCGCGCUGUACCCAUCACAUCAUUGACUAAACCACCAGUUUGAAGAUGGUCAGAUGCCUUUAGUUACUCAUUAGGGCUCCAUCACUCUCCUCAACUCAGUCUAUUAUCCCUAAAAGUGGAGAGUGAUGGGUUUCGCUUCAAAAGUGGAGCUUUUGAAGAGUGAGCUUUAAGGCUGAACUAUUUUCUGACAACUGGGGUCUACAGUGAGGCAAGACGUCAGCCUAAGAGAUGAAAAAGAUUGGAUGACACGAAUGGGAUUUAGCGAAUGUGCUCUCGACAGCAUGUUCAAAGACUGUGGGGGAGCCUGUGGUUAGAUAGGAAGUGAUAUUUAAAGAGGUUUUCUGGUUGUAGGAAGACAUUCCAGCAGAUUGCAAUGCCUUAUUGGUUCAUACUUCAUUCCUAUUAUUAGCAUUAAUAAAAAAAAUCUCUUUAUGUGCAGUAGGAAGACGUUGACGCAGCAUUGUACUUGUGUAGCCUAAUGACAAAAUUGCAGCAAUUUGGUAUCGCACUGCCUGGUUCUCUGGGCUUGUUGUGUGAGCAAAUGCCUGAGUAGAAAAUAGCUCGCUAUCAGCACCUGUCAGCCGAAUCACUGGCUUUCUGCAGAAUAUCUGCAGUAUACUUGCAUACUAACUCUCCGUAAUUGUCUGAAUACAGCUGCCUGAGCUGCUAGAGUAAUUCAAUACUUCAGUUCUGUCUCUCUUGUUUUAUUGAACACCUAUAUGCCAAUAAAAUUCAGUGCAAAGUU